AUGUCGAAUGAGAUGACCAACCAUACCCUACAGAAAGAGAGACAGAUUUCAGUUGAUCCAAUUUCCAUGAAAGAAAUCGUCGAAUAUCCAACUUUAGGGUUACAGAAACCUUGGCCCGCCAAUAAGCCAUUGAAUUCGAUACCAAAAAAGAACAAGUUUCUUAGCACCAGCCUCCCAAAUUCAGCUUGUUCGUCUCCUCGUGGGGUUGUGCCAAAGACGAAAGGCGUCAAAGAUCACGAUCAAGAACUCGAAACUUCCCUACCCCAUCAACACUCCGUGGCUCUCUCUCGUUUUCUUUGGCUUCGCGAGAACCACUUGCAACGAAGCAAGUCUUGUGGCGAAGGGAGACCGUCCGGAGCCUAUGAUGAGUUUGACAUCUGCCGUACUACUACGAGCAUAAUUAACACUAACAGUGUUAGUGCCGGUAGCACGCCUAGAGGUCAAACCACGUCAAAUGGUGAUCAGUACAAAAGAAUCACCGAAACGAAGACACGUAACGAGGAUGAUUUCAAAUGUGGAGCUCUUUGCUUGUUCUUGCCAGGGUUCGGCAAGGGUAAGCCCGUGAGAAGCAGACGAGAGGGACGAGAAGAAAUCGGGCACGUGAUCUCUCAACGGGUGUCUCUCGAGAAAUUCGAAUGUGGAUCUUGGAGGUCAUCAGGGAUUCUAAAUGUUGAUGGUGGCGGGAGUGGUCGUUCAUCGAACCGCUACUUCGAUUUGCCAUUGGAACUGAUACAAAGCAGUGGGAACGAUGCUAGUUUGCCGGUGAGUUCAGCCUUUGUGUUCGACAAGGAUGUGAAAGGAGUUUUGAAGUCGACAAAAGAAAGGAAAUCAAACGAUUGUCGUAGUCGUCACGUACGGUUUUCGACAUCUUCGCCAACCACAUCACCGUCUCCGUGCAUCACACCCCGCAUGCGCAAGGCUCGAGACGACUUCAAUUCAUUUUUAGAAGCUCAAAACGCUUAA